UAUUCGUUUAUUCACUCGCUCUCUCUCUCUCUCUCCCUGCGCAGCACCAACUGCUUGCUAUGGAGUUCGCCACCAGCGCUCCGAGCUUAGCGCUCCACCGGCCCAUGUUAGCACCGCCCAUCACUUCCCGAACCGCAAACCCUAACCGUAUCUUAACCUCCUUCUCUCCCAGAGCCUCUCUCUCCACUAACUUCCUCCCUCCCUUCGCCGGCGGCAGCGUUUCCGCCGACUUCUCGGGCCACAAACUCCGUCCCUUGUCUCUCAGUCUGGCGUCCAAGGGCAAGCGAGGUGUCGUAACCAUGGUUAUUCCAUUUUCGAGGGGAAGUGCAUGGGAGCAGCCUCCUCCAGACCUGGCAUCUUACCUGUACAAAAACCGGAUUGUUUACUUGGGCAUGUCCCUUGUUCCUUCCGUCACAGAGUUGAUACUAGCAGAAUUUUUGUACCUUCAGUAUGAAGAUGCAGACAAGCCUAUCUACCUAUACAUAAACUCCACUGGAACCACCAAGGGUGGCGAGAAGUUGGGUUACGAGACUGAGGCUUUUGCUAUUUAUGAUGUUAUGAGGUAUGUCAAGCCACCUAUAUUUACUCUCUGUGUUGGUAAUGCCUGGGGAGAAGCAGCCUUACUUUUGUCUGCUGGUGCAAAGGGAAACCGUUCUGCUUUGCCCUCAUCAACAAUCAUGAUAAAGCAGCCAAUUGCCAGAUUCCAAGGUCAAGCAAGUGAUAUCGAGCUGGCUAGAAAAGAAGUAAAGAAUGUGAAGGCAGAAUUGGUUAAUCUUUUUGCAAGGCAUGUUGGAAAAUCACCUGAGCAGAUUGAAGCUGACAUCAGGCGUCCAAAAUAUUUUAGUCCCAGUGAAGCAGUUGAAUAUGGCAUCAUUGAUAAGGUACUGUACAAUGAAAGGAGUUCCGAAGAUCGGGGAGUUGUCUCUGACCUGAAAAGGGCACAACUUAUUUGACUCUGGGAAAACAUGGAUUUAUUUAUUGUGUGGAAUAGUCAGAUGGAAGUUUGUGCGCAGAUUAGCUUCUAGAUAGCCAGAGCAAGAGUUGCAGCAUAUACGAAGAAAAUCUGAGCAUCAAGCAGCUAGCAGCAGUCCACACCAAUGGAAAUCCCAUCGGUGGAGAAACUCAUAAUCCCCAAAAGGAUUACCAAUUGGUAUUCUGGUCUGAUCCUUGUUGAUGUCAAACAGUCUAUUUCAAGCGUGCCUGUGCAAAACCAAAUUCUAAUUGCACUGUUCAUGUAUUAGACACUUUUUUUCUUUUAUUUUUUUAUUUUUUAUUAUUAUUAGACUUGGUGACAAGAUGCAUUGAAUCAUGGUUUAUAUUAUAUAUUGCACAAAAAAGGGGAAGCUUCCCCUUUUGCGUA